UUUUUCCGAGUUUCAUUCAUAAAACGCUGCAGCAUCACUCCUCCAUUUUCACUCAGCCUCAUGUUGCUAGGUAACUGCAGUACAAUGGUGCGGACUGUCUGCUGUCACCAUUUUCUUAGAGCAGCUAAACCCCAUACACUUGCACACUUGUUUACAAUAAGGGUAUAACAUAUGCUUAAGCACAUUUUACCGCAUUAUCUAAAAUCAGUUCUCAUAAUGUACAUGUUAUUUUUAAACUUGGAAGCAAUCAAAAAUGACGGACAUGUUCAAAAGCUGUGGACUUCAUUUUAUGCAAGAAUAUAGAAUAUUUAGAAGUCGCAGCUUAUUUAAAGUAGUAAAUAUCAUCGUGGAAGAUUAAAGCCUCCGCUUGUUUAUGGGGCGGUAGCCUUCCAUUUUCUCUGAAAUUAUUUAAGACCCAUUGAUAACCUAGAUCUUUAAGUAUCUUCACAAACAGUGCCACAGUCUUAAAGUCAAGCAGUGUUUUCAUCAUUGUAAACUCUGUCCUUUUGUUUAUAGUGGCCACAGUCUGCGCUGCGCCGCCGUGCGUUAAAUUCUAACCAGCAUUACUAAAAAUAGCCUCUGUUGACGUCACUCGACCAAACGUGUAGCUGUAGCUCGGGGGGUGAAUGGGUGGGAAAGCAGUUUUAUUCUUCAUUUCUGCGGUUGUGCACCGCUGCAGACAGCCAAUAGAAUCAGCUGCUUUCCCACGACUCGGAUGCUGCAAGCCAAUGGAGGAGAGAAACGGGAGAAUGGGAGCGGUACGUCUUAGGGAGGAAAGCCACUGACGCUCCCUUUGGUUGGUUUGCAGGGAGGCGGGAUGUCGCUGUUGUUGAUGGACUUCCGUGGCCCAAUCAGGGUACUGUGCUUGUUGGUGCCCGUGAGAUGCAGCCAAUUCGUGCACUUGUCUCGGCGUUAAUCAGCUGUGGGUCCGGAGAGUGGGCGGGAGGCUGUGGACUGUAGUUCCGUCAUCUUUCGAGGCUACGGGGGACCAGUGUUUUAUUUCGGCAAAUCCCCAUCCUUAUCCAACCUCUCAGGAACUUGGUGCGUUUGUCUUGAUUUGGUUUAAACCGGGGCAUCCAUAGAAGGAGAGGCAAUUGCCCAUCAGCGCUGCCGCGGGUUGGGGGCUGGGGAGCGGUGGGGAGCAGGAGCAGAGAAGACGGCUCCUCUGUGCUGGGCGAGCUUCUCUGUCCUGAGAUAAUCGAGGGCACUACCAUACCCUCCAAAGGAUUUGUGUACGCUCCAUCCCCGUCUGGCGGCGGUAGAGCAUCGGCAGCUGUCCCUAUUUUUACAGCACCGUGUUGGUCCACUACAACUGGAUUUAAGGAGCACGGCGCGCACCCUGCACCGCCAGAGAUCGGCUUGGAGGGGCUGCAGCGCGGCCGUCAAGCCACGGUCCGCCUGUUGACUGCUUGUCAUCAUGGGCAACACGCCCACGGCCAGGAAGGGCAGCGAGAUGGAAAGCGUGAAGGAAUUUCUUGCAAAAGCCAAAGAGGAUUUCCUCAAGAAGUGGGAGAACCCUGCACAGAACACUGCGUGCCUGGAGCAGUUUGAGCGGUUGAAAACAUUGGGCACCGGCUCAUUUGGUCGUGUGAUGCUGGUACGACACCGUGAGACUGGACAACAUUAUGCCAUGAAGAUCCUCAACAAGCAGAAGGUGGUGAAACUCAAGCAGAUUGAGCACACACUGAAUGAGAAGAGGAUCCUACAGGCCGUCAGCUUUCCGUUCCUCGUCCGCUUGGAAUACUCCUUCAAGGACAACACUAACCUUUACAUGGUGAUGGAGUAUGUUCCGGGUGGAGAGAUGUUCUCCCAUUUACGACGAAUCGGCAGGUUUAGUGAACCUCAUGCCCGGUUCUAUGCGGCUCAGAUCGUUUUGACCUUUGAAUAUUUGCACGCUUUGGACCUAAUAUACAGAGACCUGAAACCGGAAAACCUGCUCAUUGAUCAACAGGGCUACAUACAGGUCACAGAUUUUGGCUUUGCAAAACGUGUGAAGGGCCGGACAUGGACCCUGUGUGGUACUCCUGAGUAUUUGGCUCCAGAGAUUAUUCUGAGCAAGGGAUAUAACAAAGCUGUGGACUGGUGGGCACUUGGGGUCUUGGUUUAUGAAAUGGCUGCUGGAUACCCUCCUUUCUUUGCUGACCAGCCCAUUCAGAUCUAUGAAAAGAUUGUAUCUGGGAAGGUGCGUUUCCCCUCUCAUUUUAGUUCAGACCUUAAGGAUUUACUGAGGAACCUAUUACAGGUGGAUCUCACCAAACGCUAUGGAAACCUGAAAAAUGGGGUUAAUGACAUUAAAGGACACAAGUGGUUUGCGACCACUGACUGGAUCGCCAUUUAUCAGAAAAAGGUCGAAGCUCCCUUUGUUCCCAAGUUUAAAGGACCUGGUGACACCAGCAACUUUGACGACUAUGAAGAGGAGGAGAUCCGUGUGUCCUUCACGGAGAAAUGUGGCAAGGAGUUUGCCGAGUUCUAGAGUUUGAGGAAAGAUGAAAGGAAAGGCAGAGUCCCAGUACAGCAGGCUGGUCAGGUGGAAGACUUGAGGAGAAUGCUCUUUCUCCGAUCCACGCAGCACCAGCUUCAAACGGACCAUUGGUCAUAGAGAGGGCAAAGCAGCCAGGACACUGAUAACCAGCAGUAAUGCCUUUUCUGUUCAGCUUUGGUCGUCAAUUUUAUUUUUUAUUCUGGUUUAUUUAUGGAUCCCUUUAUUGUGAAGAUUGGAUUUGUGGAAUUUGGCAAGCUCUCUUAUUUAGAGAAACCUCCCCACACUUGCAGCACAUUUCAAGAUCUUCCAUUUCUUCCUCCUGUCUGCAUUACAUAGAAAAAAAAGCUUGGUUAUGACUGGAGAAUGGUGUUUAAAUUUACACUGGACGAUCUCUUUCCAUGAGCCACUGCUAGAUUUAGCAAACAUUGGUCACAUUAAAUAUUUUAUUUUUUGUUGAGAAGAAAAUAUUUGUGCAUAAUCUUUAAACUGAGGACUAAAGGCAGAUAUGUUUAUCAUAUCAUCUGAGCUGUCACAUCAUCAUAGACAUUAUGCAUAAAUGCCAUGUUCUAAUGCUGUAAGAAUAGGAUCCAAUGAUGUUGUGUCCAAGUUGGAAACAGAGUCCACCCUCACACAUAGGUCUCUCAGGUCUGAUCUGAUUUAUCAAGAUUUAAGUUCAAAAGUAAAGGGAAAAGGAGUUUUUAAAGUGUCAGUUUAAAUCACACAUGUGGAAGACUCAUUUGGUGUGUUCUAUUUUUUAACAAUUUCUAUUCAUUUUUAUGUUGUAUUUGAAUUUAUUUGUUUGGAGGAUAAGCCCCUUGAGAUAUCUCAGCAUCUCGUUUUCAAGGAGGUCCUCAUAGGUCCUCAUAGUGUAUUUGACCACUGACGAUCUUACACUCAUUCUGCUCAGUUUGAUCUUUUGCUCCUUUUCUACUCAGGAUUGUUUUAUGGCAUUAUGAAAGCUGAAAACUAUGGCUUGUAGAAACUACAAAAAGGGAGUGUGUAAUUGAAAGGUCUUGUAACUGAAAAGUGAAGAACUUGAUUAUUUUGCAGUACUACCAAUGCCUAAUGGCUUCUUAUAUCCAUGUCCUUAUUGUUCAAUUAUUUUUUAAUAUAUAAAAUGCCUUCAUUUCAGGAACAUCAUACUUAAUUUUGUUUUUAAAUGUGUCUGAUGCACCCACCCAUAACUAUUUGUAUUGAAUGGGUAUAGCGCACAUGUUAUUGUGAAAUAGUGUGUAUGUAACAUUUGUGACAUCAGUUAUUUGGGGGACAAACAAAAACAUGGGACUGUCAAAGAUUGAUAAGAAAAGGACACAAUUCAACUCAAGACUGUGUUUGUUUAUACUUUUUCUCUUUGCUUCUUUCUCAGAGACAUUUGUUGCUUGACUUUUGGGCACUUUGAAAGUUGAUAACCAAGUGCAUUGCUAUCAUUCUGUUGCAUAUGGAAAUGAAAUUUACACAUUAACCAAAAUAUCUUAAUAGCUAAUGACCAUACUAUUUUCUUCCACAUUUUACACUACUGCUCUCAUCUGAGAUCACACUGAAAUACUGACAUGCACAUUCUUUGUUUUUUGUCAUGUCAAGUGGACUUAAAUCAUCGCGCAAUGUUCUGUGUCUCCAUGUUUUUGUGGUGACUGAACUUCCUCUGAUUGGAGGCACAAAAAUACUGACGCACUUUUUAGGGAACCAGAUUGCAGUUUCAGACAUGUUAGCCUCCACAACACAACACUACAAAGGGAAGUGUCUGAGGUCCUCAUGACUUGAAAAC